AUGAAACUUUUUUGCAAAGUUGCAACUUAUUUACUCAUACUUACACCCGGUUAUUGUUUAAUUUUACGUGAAAAAGCUAAAAAUAAGGCGCUUGUGCACUUUAUAGAAAAAAAGACAUUUGAAGUUACUUCACAAGAAAUACCCGUGAAUUUUUAUGAAUAUGGAGAACCGACAGUUUCUCUAUUGAGAAGCUUCAUGUUGUAG